AUGGGGAUUUGUGUAUCAAAAUAACCAAAAAUUUAAAGAAUAGAAGGAAAUAUAUAAUAAUUAAAUAAACUUGGUGGAUGUUACUCUAAAAAUAAGAUAAAGCAAGGAAUAUGGAUUGAAGAAAUAUCAAAGAUAGAUCUUAAACUUGUUGAAAUGGGAGAAUAUUUUAAUGGUUAAAGAAUAGGAAAGUGGAUGUGCUUUUCGAAGGAUAAAAAAAUGUACUUAUUAUUCUAAAAAAGAAAUGCAGGUGGAUCAUAUGAUGAUGAGGGUCGAAAAAAAGGGAAAUGGAUUGAGUUGUGGAAAUUUUAUAGCUUAUACUUCUAAGUAAUUUAUAGUGGUGAAUAUAACAUGAAUGGUAUCAAGAUUGGUAGAUGGGAUAUUAUGUAUAAAAGGCAUGAAAAUGAUCAAUAUAAAUAAAUGUAAUUAUUAUACAAGUAAAGGAAAAAUGAAGUGGUGGUGGAUUAUAUAAUUCAUAAGUAGAUUAGAAAAAGAUUGGAGAUUGGAUAGAAUUGGAGGAAGGGUUUUAAUAUUAGAAAUAAAUCACUUAUAAAGGUAAAUAUAAUUUGAAUGGUGUCAAGGUAGGUAGAUGGGAUAUCAUGUAUUGUAAAUAUGAUGAGAUUGAAUAUAAAUAAAUGUAAAUAUUAUUUAAGUAAAAAGGGGAAUAUAUAAACACACAGAGGUGGUGGAUUUUAUGAUCAUAUAGGAAUUUUAAUUGAUUGAUAAAAACUGA